AUGGGAGAGAUACUAUCCAUGGAUUCCCUUAUUCCAAUUAGAACAGUAGGCCCUCUUGUUCCCUCGGCUUUCCUAGAUGGAAACAAUCCACAAGACCAAGAUGUGGGCACACAUCUUUGGAAAGCAGAAAACUGUAUGGAUUGGCUCAAUUCAAAGGAUGACUCAACUGUUGUAUAUGUUUCCUUUGGUAGUUUAGCUGUCCUUUCCAAAGCGCAGCUCAUAGAAAUAGCCCUUGGGCUGAAAGCCAGUCGACAUUCCUUUUUGUGGGUGGUUCGUCCUGAUCACAACAAAGAAGAAGAAAAUGACAUACAUGAAUUUCUAGAGGGCUUUCUUGAGGAAACUAUGGAUCAAGGGCUAGUUGUGUCAUGGUGUCCACAGAUGGCAGUGCUUAAUCAUCUUUCUGUGGGUAUGUUUAUUACACAUUGUGGAUGGAACUCUACGUUAGAGAGCCUCAGCUCUGGAUUACCUGUCCUUGCGAUUUCUCAGUGGAGUGAUCAAACAACCAAUUCGAAGUAUAUUGAAGAGGUGUGGAAGACAGGAAUAAGAUUGAAUAAAGAAAGACAUGGGCUAAUUGGGAGGGAUGAGGUGGAGAAAUCUAUUAAGAAAAUUAUUGAAAGUGAAGGUGGUGAGGAGUUGAGGAAGAAUGCUUUACAAUGGAAGACAUUAGCAAAGAAAGCAAUGGUGAAAGGUGGAUCUUCAGAUAAGAAUAUUGAUUGGUUUGUUCAUGAGGUCAUUAUUAGAACAACAAUGGCUUGA